GAACACACUCAUUGCGUGUCAUCAAAAGAACUAAAAAAACAUCUCGAUUUGUGAAAAUUUCGUGUCACCAGGAAAAAAAAAACCAAAAAAACCAUCUCGAAUUGUGAAAAUUUUUAUAAACUUAAUAGUUUUUUGCAACAAUGCAAAUCUCUACAGUUUAUCUAUCAACUUUAACACUUGCAUUAACAACAAUUGUUACCGGAAAUGCAUUUAAUAAAAAGAAACAAUUCUAUCCAUCGGUUGUGUACAUCACAAAGUCAAACACUUCCAUGGCUGUAAUUUAUGUUCAAUUUUUUGUAAUGGUUUUUGUUUUUGGCAAAUUACUAAGAAAAAUAUUCCUCGGUACUUUAAGAUCUACAGAAUUUGAACAUUUGUUGGAAAGAUUUUGGUAUGCUUUGACAGAAACGUGCUUAGCUUUCACUGUCUUUCGGGAUGAUUUCAAUCCACGAUUUGUUGCACUUUUUACCGUGUUGUUAUUUCUUAAAUCCUUUCAUUGGCUAGCCGAGGAACGAGUUGAUUUUAUGGAACGUAGUCCGGUCUUAGGGUGGCUCUUCCAUGCUCGUGUUUUGAGUUUGUUAGUUGUCCUAGGAUUCAUGGACUAUUGGCUUCUCUUGCAUGCUUAUAAUUCCACGAUAAUUCGUGGACCAACUGUCCAACUUGUGUUUGGAUUUGAAUAUGGCAUAUUACUGACUGUAAUAGCAAGCAUAGGCAUCAAGUAUUUGUUGCACGCUGCUGAGAUGCAAACAGAAAAUCCAUGGGAAAACAAAGCUGUCUUCCUUUUGUAUACCGAACUCAUAAUUGGUCUCAUUAAGGUUCUCCUUUACGUUCUAUUCGUCGUAAUCAUGGCCAAGAUUUAUGCCUUGCCAAUGUUUGUGUUCCGGCCAAUGUUCUUUACGAUUAGAAGCUUUAAGAAAGCUCUUAGCGAUGUAAUUAUGUCGAGAAGAGCUAUUCGUAACAUGAACACUCUCUAUCCAGAUGCAACUCCUGAGGAAUUGCGACUAUCGGAUAAUAUUUGUAUUAUCUGCAGGGAAGACAUGGUUGCCAAUUCGAAGAAGUUGCCUUGUGGGCAUAUUUUCCAUACCAGUUGUCUGCGUUCGUGGUUCCAACGUCAGCAGACAUGUCCAACUUGUCGACUUAACAUUCUUCAUACUACCACUGAGAAUCCGCCUGCUCCAAGGGAAGAAGGAGCAGCUCUUCCUAACGCACAACCAAUCGAUCCGGCAGGAAGAAAUCGAUAUGAUGAAACAAAUCAAAAUGCAGGUGGUUUCGCCAAUGUUUUUAGAGGCCCAAUGCAAAUUCCACAAUCUCCUCUUGUUGUGCCCAGUCCAAUACCUUUUUUGGCACACUUUUCGGUGCCACCUCCAACAAUGCCACCAAAUUUAAGUAUUUUAUCUGAUGAAGAGUUGCGAGCAAUGGAAGGUAAUGAGAGACGUAAUAUUGAAGAGCGUUUGAAAGUUUUGGGAAAUAUAAAAUUACUUCUCGAUGCAUCAACUGUUUUAAUGAAUCAAUAUACUUUGGUAACUGCAUAUAAUAGUACAACAGAGAGAGAAAAAGUUGUAGAUCCAAAUGCUGCUGCAACAACAUCAACUGAUAAUAAUCCAGCUCCGUCUACUACUACUAAUAUUGAAUCAAAACCACCUUUGGAAAGUGAAAAGGAUAUUGUUAUACCGGAAACAAGUAUAAGUGAUGUUAAAAUUGAAGAUAUUGGUGGAGAAGAUGAUUUAAAUGAUGCCAAUAAGAAUGAAGAAGAUGUUGAUGAUACUGAUUCAUCGGGUUUGAGUGAAUUGCGAAAGAGGAGAUUGAAGUAUUUGCAUGGAACAACAACAACAACACAAAAUUUGUAAACUAACUAUAUUAUAUUUUAAAUUCAUUUAAAACAAUUUAUAAUGAAAUAAAACUAAAUAAAAUAAUAAAAAAAAAAAAAACAAUUUCCAACUCAUGUGAUGUGAAUGAAGAGAAGAAGUUUUUUUGGAUGAUUAUACUUGUAUUUGGUUCGAAAUUGAUUUUAAAUAAAAUACAUUUGAAGAAGCAA